GGAAGACAACAAAGAAUAACAGUCUAUUGCUUGUUUUAUUUGGGAAACGGGGGGUUUACCUUUUGGCAAGCGGCCGUGGAGAUGCUCCUGUAAUUGGAUCCACUGGAAAGCGCUCAAACCUCUAGGAGAGCUGCUUAAGUUACAGCGGAUCUCUUUAGAACACAGACUGAGAACAUAGUAAAUAAUUUUUCUCUCUCUCUCCAUUUUCCUUGGCUCUACCUUCCUUUCUUUAACUCGGCAACCCUUCUCCUAGAAGAGUUUUUGUGGAACGUCUGUCACAGGCGGAUCUUCGCAAUGGGUGAUAAAGGCACAAGGGUUUUCAAGAAGGCCAGUCCUAAUGGAAAGCUAACUGUGUACCUUGGUAAGAGGGAUUUUGUUGACCACGUGGACCUUGUGGAGCCUGUUGAUGGAGUGGUUUUAAUAGACCCAGAGUACUUAAAGGAGAGAAAAGUUUUUGUGACCCUGACAUGUGCCUUCCGCUAUGGACGGGAGGAUUUGGAUGUUCUUGGAUUGACGUUUCGAAAGGACCUUUUUGUGGCCAACAUCCAGGCAUUUCCUCCUGUGCCUGAGGACAAAAAGAGCUUGACACGUCUACAAGAGCGACUGAUAAAAAAACUUGGAGAACAUGCUUAUCCCUUCACCUUUGAGAUUACCCCGAACCUCCCCUGUUCUGUCACGUUACAGCCAGGACCAGAAGAUACAGGGAAGGCCUGUGGGGUCGACUUUGAAGUCAAAGCUUUCUGUGCAGAAAAUGUUGAAGAAAAAAUUCACAAAAGGAAUUCAGUGCGCCUUGUUAUCAGAAAAGUGCAGUAUGCUCCAGAGAAGCCAGGCCCACAGCCGAUGGCUGAGACCACAAGGCAGUUUCUUAUGUCGGACAAACCUUUACACCUAGAAGCCUCCCUUGACAAAGAGAUUUACUAUCACGGUGAACCAAUCAGUGUCAAUGUCCAUGUCACAAACAACACAAACAAAACAGUAAAAAAAAUGAAGAUUUCAGUGCGUCAAUAUGCAGAUAUUUGUCUCUACAACACUGCCCAGUACAAGUGUCCAGUAGCAACGGAGGAAUCAGAUGAUAUUGUGGCCCCCAGUGCUACAUUGUGUAGAGUAUAUACUCUUACCCCUUUCCUCGCAAACAACCGAGAGAAACGUGGCCUGGCUCUGGAUGGCAAGCUCAAACAUGAAGACACAAAUUUAGCCUCAAGUACAUUGUUAAGAGAGGGAGCCAAUAAGGACAUUCUGGGCAUCAUUGUAUCUUAUAAAGUGAAGGUGAAGCUUGUUGUUUCUCGUGGAGGGCUGCUGGGAGAUCUUGCCUCAAGUGAAGUUGCUGUUGAGCUCCCCUUUACAUUAAUGCAUCCCAAACCACUGGAGGAAUCAAUCUACAGAGAUGUCCCGGAAAACGAUGCCCCCAUUGACACAAACCUCAUUGAAUUCGACACAAAUGACGAUGACAUCAUCUUCGAGGACUUUGCUCGGCAACGACUGAUCGGGGCAAAAGACGACAAAGAUGAAGAUGAGGAGGGUGUCGAUUCGCCCAAGCUAAAUGACAGAUAGACUAAACAAAUGAAUGAUUACUGUGUAAUGAUGUAUAAGAGACCCUUUUGAGAUAACCUGGGAAAGUGGGACACCCUUUAACACUCACAGUAGUGCAGUUGCUGUGUUCUUGUUCACAUUUGUCUCUUCCAUCCUGAAAGGGUUUAAAAUAAAACUUAAGUGUAGAAAAAUGUGACCCUGUAUCUCAAAGAGAUUACAGGGUGAAGUUCUAGCUGGUAGGCCAACCACGUAGUGCCUCUGAUAAUUGAUGGUCUUUUUAGGUUAAGGCAAAGGCUUUUCAUCAUAGCUAAAUCAAAUCAGUGGUUUCAUGACUUUUGCUGUUGCUUUUUUUUUAUAUUCUUCCUUUGAUUAGAACAGGGGAGGAGUUUGAAGGUGUCUCUUAGUAUUGAAAUCAUCCUUAAUCUGUGGAAUUUGUUCUGUUUUAAUUACUGUAAAAGUAACUGGAUUUACUGCCAAAUUUCAACCUUUAUAAUGUAUCAUCCCUCACUGAAUAUUUAGUAUGUUUUUUUUAACCUGUCAUU